AUAAAGGUAGCAAUAUCAGCUGAAAACUCUCUCUCUCCCUUUCACCAUGGGCGCUCGCAUUUUCUUGUGUCUACAAUUCCUCUGCUUGGCCUUCACAAUCAUCCCAACAAGUGCCCAGGACCUGGGCACGUGGGAACUCCUGGUUGAAAACGCCGGCAUUGCCUCCAUGCACACCGCCGUCACCCGGUACAACACCGUCCUCCUCCUCGACCGGACCGACAUCGGCAUGACCGAAUUAAUGCUCCCAAACGGCAAAUGCCGCUACGACGCAAACGACCAGAGUCUACAGUAUGAUUGCUACGCCCACUCCGCUGUCCUCGACCUCUACACCAACAAAAUCCGUCCCCUCAAGAUCCUCACCGACACGUGGUGCUCCUCCGGCCAAUUCCUACCUGACGGCACCCUACUCCACACCGGCGGCUUCAACGAUGGCGCCCAGAAGUUCCGAAGGUUCAAGCCCUGCUUACCCGGUUCCUGGUGCAAUUGGGUAGAGCUUGAAAACGUCGAGUUGUACAAUGGGCGUUGGUACGCCACGAAUCAAAUACUCCCCGAUGGUUCUAUCAUAAUAAUCGGGGGCAUCAGCGUCAACACCUUGGAGUUUUACCCACAGCGACCUGGCGGCGCGGUCGAUUUCCCAUUCCUUGGCCAGGCUGCAGACGACCAGGGGGAUAACCUGUAUCCAUACGUUCACCUUCUCCCUCAAGGAAAUCUAUUUAUAUUUGAUGACACUCAAGCCGUGCUAUACGAUUACAAUGCAAACGUGAUUGUAAAAACUUAUCCUCAGCUGCAAGGGGGCCCACGUAACUACCCGUCUGCAGGAUCCUCUGUCAUGCUGGCAUUGGAAGGAGACUAUUCUACGGCCACAAUAGUAGUUUGUGGUGGGUCUCAGUACAAUGCCUACCUUAAUCAGACUAUAUACGAACCGGCCCAAAAGACUUGCGGGCGGAUCGUGGCGACUGAUCCCAAUCCCUUUUGGGAGAUGGAUACCAUGCCGCUUGUUCGGAACAUGGGAGACAUGGUGAUGCUACCAACCGGAGAUGUAAUAAUCAUCAAUGGGGCUCAGGCGGGGUCACAAGGGUUCGGAUUGGCAACGAACCCGUGUUUGACCCCGGUUCUAUACCAACCCAACCUACCUCUGGGAUCCCGAUUUACCAUGUUAAACCCUGGUACAGUCCCGAGAUUGUACCACUCGACCGCGAAUUUAUUGCCCGACGGGAGAAUUUUGGUCGCCGGAAGUAACUCGCAUUACUACUACGCAUUCAACGGGGAGUAUCCAACGGAACUGAGAAUUGAGGCAUUUUCACCGGGGUAUUUAGCGGCAGACAAAGCAAAUUUUCAGCCGGUAGUGGUGAAGGCGCCAAAAAUGGUGGGGUACGGGAAGUUUUUCAAGGUAUAUAUAAAGGUGCCGAUUUUGGUGGGUGGGACAGUGGAGGUGAAUUUUGUAAGUGCGCCUUUCACAACACAUUCAUUUUCACAGGGGCAGAGAUUGAUAAAGUUGGCUAUCACCGGUGCCAAGCGGGAUGGUACUAUAUACAAAAUUGGAUGUACAUCGCCUCCCAAUGGGAUGGUGGCGCCACCAAGUUAUUAUAUGAUGUUUGUGGUUAACGAUGGAGUGCCAAGUGCUGCUCAUUGGGUCCAUUUGAUCGCCUAACCAUAUCGCCUAAACAACCGCUGAUGUAUGCAUAUGUAAAUGUAUGCCAAACAUCUUCAAAUGUUGGUUUUCUUUUGUUUUUAUUUAUUUGUUCAUGUCGUCUCGACAAGGUUUUCAAGAAUUUAUUGUAAAAGUGUUGAAAAAACAUAUUUAUUGUUAAGAUUUGGUUUCACUAUGUAUCUUCUAAAAGAUAAGGAAAAGUGGUAUUUGUCCAA